AUAUGCCAUUAGUAAAUUCAAGCUCAUAUAAAGCUUGAAAUGUUGAGUUUGUGGUAAGGCAUAGCAGUGGUAUAUAGAAUAAAAAUUAGAUAAAAUGUUGACAUCUUUUUCAUAAUGGUGAUUUUAAUGCUUUUAUCAGCCACAAAGUAAUUCAGUUACCUUCAUUUAGGACCAUAUUUGGGCCUGGUUUCACAGUCAAGGCUUAGCUGAAGCCAGGACUACGCCUUUGUUAAAAUAAGUAAGCAUUUCUUAAAAACAUGCCUUAAAAAUAUCAUAACUGGUGUGUAUCUUGAAACAAAUGAGUGGCUUAUUUUUAGAUAUGUAAGUGCAAGUUAUUUUUAGUUAAGACAGCAUGUGUUCUAAUCUAGGACAAGUAUUACGCCUUGUCUGUUAAUAUUAAAUAAAACCCAAACAAUUAAAUGUGAUUUAUUCAAUAUAUGUCUUCCUCUUCCAAAUGCUUUGGUUUCCACAAAUCGCCAAAUGACGGCGUGACUCCCUGCUCAUAAAUCACGGUCUUUGCAUAGGCCCACUGUCUGUCUCUAACUGUCUUUUACCACAUGGUUUAACAUACAAAAGUAAUAAAAUAUAUUUGAACUUUUAUUGGAUUUAGUAUAUUUUGUUUUACACAAGGAUUUUCCAUCACUUAAAACAAAUUUACCAUAUUAUUAUUUGUAUCAGUCCUUCAGCAUUUGUUAAUUAAUGGGCGUCACCCAAUCCUUUAGUAAAGUUUCAUUUCUCCAGAAGACAACUGAGAACCUGAACAAUACAGUAAUGCUGAAUAGAAAUGACUAUGAAGUGAAAGUAGUGUAUGCUGCUUUUUAAUUCAGAGAAGAUUCUUUUUUCUUUUAAACAAAUAUUGAAAUAAAAUGUAAAGGCCAAUGUAGUUUUUUUAACAUAGACUCUAAAACAUCACACAAAUAUCAAUUUAAAUGUUUAUAAUUUUCUCACUUUUUGUCAGUAUGCGUUUAGUUUGGAUAAAGGUAAUUCAGCACAUCUUUUUGGGUGGUUUUGGGAUAUUAGCUUAAGCAAGGACUAGGCCUUAGUUUAAUUAGGAAAUAUAAGUUUAAACAAACAUGUCUUACUAAAAACAUUACUUCUCUUCAAGCAUGUGAAAAAAUAGGUCAGAUGGCAUAAUACCCCUCCUUAAUCUGCACAAUGGUACUGACAUUUAGUGCAGAGAUAAGCUCAUUUGCAUUUAAAAGGACACACAAAAAUGGCACAAAGUUGGGUGAGGCCAAACCAUUUGGUUAAGUUUCAUUUCCCUAAGACAUCUUUAAAAGGUGAAGUUUCAGGUAAAAUCCUCACUUAGAUUGAAUUGAACAAGAGGUCUGCGGAUCUUAUUUAUUGCUCACUGUCAAUUCACAAUUAGCAGCAAUGACGACAUCCCAAAAGCACAGAUCAUUCUGUUCUGAGACAAUGGGGAACAAAUCUGUUAACACACUUCCUGGAAUUGGUCCUGUGUUUGCUGAACGACUUGAAAUGACUGGAAUAAGAACAGCAAAUGAGGUCCUGGGUCGUUUCCUGGUGUUGCAGUCGGAUGAGGGGAAGUUUAAGAGCUGGCUAAGAGACUCAUGUGGGGCAAAUGCAAAGCAUCAACGUGAUUGUUAUAACAGUCUGAAGGAAUGGACAGAUCAGUUUUUGUAAAGUCGACAAAACUGGUUGCCUUGUUGCACUCAUAUUACUUAUGUUAAUGUCAUUUAUAUAGCCUUCUGCAACAGCAAGGUAUAGUACAACAGUUGAAAAGAAUGGGUCUUAUAAAUGUGUCUUUAUCUUUACUGCAUCUUGCUUUAGUUAAGAAAGCUGUUUCUGUCAAAUAAUGAGUACAAAUAAUGCAUUACAGUGCAAAACAAUA